AUGCUAUCAGAAAUGUCUGCUCGAUUGAUCCCUCGCUCGCCCUUUUUCCACUCCGUCCUUCACUCCUCCUCGACGGCUGCGGUGCGCCCAGAGUUUCUCACUUCACUCAGUUCGUCCUAUGCCAACCCACGCCAGCACGUCAUAGGCACCGACUGCAUCACCCAGACGAUUCCUGCCUCCGCUGUAGCUGGCACUAGUGACGAGCGAGUCCUCGCACUGUUUACGAGCGGCUUUUUUGGUGGCUUCGUUUUUGCCCCGGAGUGGCUGCUGCUGACAGCUGCUGGGGGAAGAAUUCUACCCGUGGGGUACACCGGCUUUAUGAGAGAGGGCCACACAGCCCAAACCCUCUGGCGGCGGGCGCAUGUCUCCGACUCCCGCCUUCAUCCCGUGGGCACCUGCUUUUUCGGCACAUUUAUGAUUCUAGACAAGCACAUUGCAGUUGAGUCAGAAGUGGCUGAGCCCGGUCGGCGAGCUACUAGUUGGAUUGACUACGGCUUUGGGUCGGAUGAGUCCUCAUUCGCGGGCUGCCACCGAUUCCAAAUCACAAGAAUCGAAGGUAGUCGCGGGGAAGGCCCGGGCAAGACAGACCCAAGCGCCGAAAGCCAGGUGCAGAUUGAGCUCCAAUCGUUCCAGUGCAACCCGCAGAGAAACGUUCCUUUCGGCUCUGGAAUUCUGAAACAGUUCCAUUACCAGUAUGCGAGGUUGCUCUUUGCCAAUGGAAUCCAAUCCGUAUUACUACGGGGAACCUGA